AACGUGUCAAUCCCAAAUUAUCAAUUUUCCCACCUUUGCCUUUCUCCUCCAAAUUUCUCGCAUGGGUACUCUUAAUUUUCCUUUUAUUCCGAUGAGAUUGCCUUAAAAUCUACGCAAAUGCAUUCUUUAACUUCCUAUUGUCAAUAGACACCUGAACUCUCUGUUAUUUUGACCUUCAUAUGAUAGCUUUAGUUAUGGCUGUUAAGUUUAGUUCCUCUUCACUUUCUUGCGCGGCUAAUUCUCUGUUCCCUCCUUUAAAACCUAGAAUUACUUCCAAGAUGACCUUGUUACAGAGACCAUAUGACAGAAGGCGACAUGAAAUUCUGCAGCUUCAACAUUUGAAAGUCAAGUCAUGCCACUUCAUAUAUGGACUACUGAAGUUACAUGGAAAGUUUCAAAAGAGGGUAAAUGUGCAAUGUGCCAUUUCUGAGGAUCAAUCAAAAUACAUUGAGCUCAAACCAGAUUCUUUAGAACAAGUCAAUCCACAUCUUGAUUUGGAAGAUGUCUCUUCGUCCGGUAGUUUAUCUAUCUCUCAUGAGGGAGCUAAUGGAAGACCUGGUUUAAUUUCAUUUUAUAAUCGUCCAUACAAAAUAGAGGAUAAGAUCAAUGUAUCUGAUCUGCAAAGAAAUCAAAGCAGUCUAUUAUGGUUUGUUGGUCCUGCUGUUCUUGUGGCCUCUUUUAUAUUCCCCUCACUUUAUUUACGCCGUAUAAUCUCCACAGUAUUUGAGGACUGUCUGUUGACUGAUUUCCUGAUAUUGUUCUUCACAGAGGCUCUCUUCUACUGUGGUGUUGCAUUUUUUCUUCUGCUAAUAGACAGUCUCAGAAGGCCUGUAGGGCCAGUUUCUGUCACAAAUAGUAAUAGAACCCUGUCUCCUCAAUUAGGACAGCGGAUCUCUUCUGUUGCUGCCCUGGUACUCAGUCUUAUAAUACCUCUUGUGACAAUGGGCUUGGUCUGGCCAUGGACAGGCCCUGCAGCUUCUGCUACUCUCGCUCCAUACCUGGUUGGUAUUGUUGUCCAAUUUGCAUUUGAGCAGUAUGCAAGAUAUCUGAAAUCACCAUCAUGGCCUGUCAUUCCUAUUAUUUUUCAAGUGUAUAGGCUGCACCAACUGAAUAGAGCAUCACAAUUGGUGACUGCCCUGUCAUUCACAGUGAGAGGAGCUGAAAUGACUGCACACAACUUGGAAAUAAACAAAUCUUUGGGUGCGCUAUUGAAUGUCCUUCAGCUCCUUGGGGUCAUCUGCAUUUGGUCACUCUCAAGCUUCUUGAUGCGGUUUUUCCCACCCACUGUCACAACUACAGAGUGAGGAAUUAUCUGAACUUUAGGAGUGGUAUUAUUAUCUUCCUACUUUAAGUAGCAGAAUGCUGCAGUUUGGUCUUGUUCAGGCAAAAGAACUUAGAGGUCCAGCUUUCAAAAAGGAUCCAGGUCUUCUGAAAGAUUUUGAUGAAGAUGCUAAAAGCAGGAAAGAUUUGAAAAGGACAUCUGCCAUGCCGCUAUUUCUUCAGGUUUAUGUUUUCCACGACCUAUUUUUGACUUUGUAUGAUUGGAACACCCGACAGCAUUUAAAUUUUAUCAACACCCAUUUCUGACUUGUAAAUUGAUAAUCUUUUGUCAAGAUUGGCCAUAUUCAACAACUGUGUUAUAAAAGUCAUUAGUGGGAUUAAAAUCAUGUAGGCUGCUUAAGUGGAAUCCAGACCUGGCUUCUUUGGCAUCAACUUACUGGAUUGUGUAUCAAAAUAAAUCUUUGAAGUUUUUUAUUGUAUAGAUUCUUUCGGUACUUA